UCCAGCUGGCAGGAGAGAAUCCAGGCAGCAGGAGGAGAAAGCCUAGGUGGCAGAAGAGGAUCCCCUCUGCUCCCCAGGGCAGGCAGCAGCCAGUUCCCUCUGUCCACCUUUGCUGGGAGCUACAGGCAGGAAGACCAGCCCUCUGUGCCACCAGUAGCUGCAGGUCCCUGCACGCCAGCAGUGAUGAAGGCUGCAGUGACACUGGUGGGAAGCCAAGGCAUUGUCUCGGCCACCGAGGUCCUCCUGGCAGCUGCUGUCUUCUGCCUGGUCUUCCUGCUCAUCCAGUCCCUCCAGCAGCACGUGCCCCAGGGGCUGAAGAGCCCCCCAGGACCCAGAGGCUUCCCCAUCCUUGGCAACGUGCUGGAGCUGAGGAAGGACACACACCUGGUCCUGACCAGGCUGAGCCAGCAGUACGGGGACGUGAUGCAGGUCAGGAUUGGCAGCCGGCCCGUCCUGGUGCUGAGCGGGCUGGACACCAUCAGGCAAGCCCUGGUGAAGCAAGGAGAAGACUUCAUGGGUCGUCCUGACCUCUACAGCUUCCGGUAUGUUACAGAUGGGCAGAGCCUGGCCUUCAGCCCCGACUCAGGGGAGGUGUGGAAAGCCCGCAGAAAGCUGGCCCAGAACGCCCUGAAGACCUUCUCCAUCGCCCCCAGCCCCACCUCCUCUUCCACCUGCCUCCUGGAGGAGCACGUCUCCAAGGAAGCUGACUACCUGGUCACCAAGUUCCUGGAGGUGAUGGAGAAGGAGAAGAGCUUUGACCCUUCCCAAUACCUGGUGGUCUCUGUGGCCAACGUCAUCUGUGCCAUCUGCUUUGGCAAACGUUACGACCACAGCGACCAAGAGCUGCUCAAUAUAGUGAAUGAAACUCACAAGUUUAAUGACGUGGCAGCUUCUGGCAACCCUGCUGACUUCAUCCCCGUGCUCCAGUACCUUCCCAGCCAGGCCAUGGAUCUAUUUAAAGAUUUCAACAAGCGCUUCCUCCAUUUCCUGCAGAAGAUUGUCAAAGAGCACUACGAGACCUUUGACCAGAACAACAUCCGAGACAUCACCGACUCCCUCAUUGAGCAGUGCCUGGAGAAGAAAGUGGAAGCAAAUACUGCCACACAGAUCCCUAAGGAGAAGAUUGUCAACCUUGUAAAUGACCUCUUUGGAGCAGGUUUCGACACUGUGACAACUGGCCUGUCCUGGAGCCUCUUGUAUCUCGUGACCUACCCCGACAUCCAGAAGAGGAUCCAGGAAGAACUAGACCAGACCAUUGGCAGGGAGAGAAGACCGAGGCUGUCGGACCGGGGCACCCUGCCCUACCUGGAAGCCUUCAUCCUGGAGAUGUUCAGACACUCCUCCUUCCUGCCCUUCACCAUCCCACACAGCACCACCAGGGACACGGUGCUGAAUGGCUACUACAUCCCAAAGGACCUCUGUGUCUUUGUCAACCAGUGGCAGGUGAAUCAUGAUGAGAAACUUUGGAAGGACCCACAGACCUUCAACCCAGAGCGUUUCCUCAACGCUGAAGGGACCGAAGUGAACAAAGUGGCUGGGGAGAAGGUGCUGGUGUUUGGCCUGGGGAAAAGGAGGUGCAUUGGGGAACCCAUUGCCAGGUGGCAGGUCUUCCUUUUCCUGUCCACCUUGCUCCAGCAGCUGGAGUUCAGUGUCUGUGAUGGCAAGGAGGUGGACAUGACACCACUCUUUGGACUGACCCUGAAGCACAGGAGAUGUGAGCACUUCCAGGUCAAGCAGCGCUUCCCCCUGCAGAGCAUGAGCUGAGCUUAUCCACAGCCCAGGCAUCACCAGGGGGUAAAGACCUGGGUAAAGACCUUGUGGGUCUGCUAGAACCUUCUGGGGUGACAUAAUAAACCGAAGCCCCUGAA